CAUAAAACGAUACUUUACUGCAAAGAUGGGUGUUCUACAAGUAUUUUGUUUUAUUCUUUCUAUGUUCAUGUAUGGAACAUUUGGUGAUUCGUCUUUAAUUGAAAACGAAGCUUCUGAUAAAAAUGGUUUGCUCCCUAGUACUGUAUCUGGUAAGACUUCUAAUGUCCUACGUGACAUUCUGAAUCAGGAAAGUCUUGUCCGCUUCUCUAUGGUUCAGAAAAUACAAAGUCUGGUAAUGGAUGCCGCGGACAGUAAAAACGACAGACAAGUUAUAAAGGCGAAACUUAGUGAAAUGGCAAAGGACGUACGGAACUUGCAGACGAAAAACCAACUAUUGGAGAACACAAUAAGGGAAAUGAAGGUUCUAAAUGAAUCUCAAUCAGUCUCUGCCAAUAUCCCCCAAAUUGAGGAACUCAAAAACCAAAUAAAUGAAAUAAAUGUAACAUUACAGAAGUGCAGUGUGAACAGUUUUUUGGAACAUUAUAAAUAUACAGAGGACGCUUUGGGAAGAUCUGUGAAUGAAACUCUGCAAGCUGUUUGUAGAGAUCUGAAUGUAUCCAGCUGGAUCUUGUCAAAAGUGCUUCCAAAGGAUUGUUGGGACAUUUUGCAGAAAUACCCAAGUUUAGAAGGAAGGGACGGGGUAUACAGGAUAUCCGUGGCCUAUGAAGUAAAGUCUGUUUACUGUGACAUGAGAACUGAUGGAGGAGGGUGGACAGUAAUUCAAAGAACGCAGGACAAUUCUACAGAUUUUUACAGGACGUGGUCAAAAUAUAAACAAGGAUUUGGGGAUCUCUCUUCCAACUACUGGAUUGGAAAUGACGCAAUCUAUGAGCUGACAAAGAACAAGGACCAGGAACUCCGGGUUGAGCUACAAAGUUUUGAUGACGAUGAAGCAUACGCUCAGUACUCUACAUUUUAUGUGGGAGAUAAAUACAAUAAAUACGUACUCGCCGUGUCGGGAUAUUCAGGAACCGCAGGUGACAGUAUGGAUUAUCACAAUGGAUAUCAAUUCACAACUAAAGAUAAGGAUACUGACAAGAGUGGUGGUAACUGUGCCAAAGAAUAUCACGGAGCCUGGUGGUACAACAACUGUCACCACACAAAUCUUAAUGGACUGUAUGCUAUGUCUGCAUUGUCUGGUUAUCAAUACCCAGUAUGGAGAAAAUGGAGAGAAAAAGAAGCAUUAAAACAGACUCAGAUGAUGAUCAGACACAGGAACUAGAGAUCAUUAAUUUUCAGACCUGACAUUUUAUUACAAAUUUUGUCAUAUUUUAUUUUUGUUAGAGAAAUAGCAGUUUAAUCCAUAUUGUGUACUUAUUUCACUACAGAUUUAUUUUCAAUAGCCUGUAUUAGACAGUUACCUUACAUGUAUGUGUGACCCGACUUAUUUAAUAUUGUUGACUUUGAAAUUAAAUUUUAAACUCUCAUGUAUUCUGCAGACAAAAAUGGUGUUUUUAAAAGAUGCUGCAAUACAUGUAGUAAGCUUUGUUUUGGUUAAAGAAGCCUCCGGAUAAAAUAAAUUACUGAAUUAAAAAGUAAAAUUUUUUGUUAAGAAAAUAAUAUUUUUAAAAUUCCUGAAAAAUAUCUAUAUAUCUAAUACGAUGCAAUCAU